AUGUCUCUGUGGAGCACGUACCGAUCCCUCACCCCGAAAACCCGAGCUUUGUUCGGCGUCGGCGUCAUGGCCUGGGCAACAAUCGGACUAUGGACGACCCCGCAAGUCGAGAAUGCCUUGGGCAUGCAAUCUACGAAGGAGGAGCAGGAGGCGCUUGAUAAACAGCUUGCUGUGCGAAUUUCGCGGGCCGGAGGCGACGAUAAUAGUGGACGGACGCAUUGA